AUGAAGUUCUCUACUGUCUUCAUCUCUCUUCUGGUUGCUGGCAUCCAUUCGCUUCCCAACCCAGCUGUGCAACGGGAAUCAGCUGGUAUCACAGUUGGUGCCGAUGGAUCAACCAAUCUUGGCGGGGAAGCGGGAAUAACGAAGAAGCCCGAUGGCUCUACGAAUGUUGGAGGGGGAAGUGGUAUCAACGUGGCAUCGGGUGCUAAUAAUCAGCCGCAACAAGGUGCAGGAGGACAGACCGGUAAUGGUGGCAACAAAAACGGAACCGACGGCUUGGCCGCGCUUAUUGGAUCAUUGAAUGGUGCAUCUGGAGGAAAUAGCACAGGUGGAGCGAAAAAGUCGAACAGCACAGGCAACGCGAAUUUACCACCGGGAGUGGCCUCCAACUCUAGUUUGGCAAGCGUUUUUGGAGCAUUGGAGGGUGCAAAGUAA